AUGAGUUGCUUGCUAUUAAAUAAUGCUAUAAAAAUUGCGAUAAAUAAGCUAUAUUCACAUGAUGUAAAACUGAAAGAUGAACAGUUCCGUGCUGUAGAAUCAGUCUUGCGUGGAAAGGAUGUAUUGGCCGUGUUGCCCACUGGCUUUGGCGAGUCGCUAAUAUAUCAAAUAUUGCCCGACGUAUUCGAUUAUAUGUCGGCAAAUUCACAUUUGAGAGGAGGAUGUGUUGGUUCGUUGAUUUUGGUCGUGUCGCCUUUAAAUGCGCUAAUGUGCGAUCAAAUUACAAAGUUAAAUAAGGCUGGAAUUCAAUCAUUUAUGGUAACAGAAGUGGUUUCAGAAAAUGAAAAAGCACAAUAUCAUAUUUCUGUAGAGUCUUUAAAAGACCUAUCCUGUACUUGCAAAAUCCUUUAUUUUCAUGCAGAAUUAUGCGUCAAGAAUAAGUCUUUUUUCAAUGUCCUCAAGUCUCCAGGAUUUCAAGAAAGGGUUAAGUGUUUAGUUGUUGAUGAAGCCCAUCUUAUUAAAGAAUUGUAUGAUAACUGUAUACCAUAAUUUGCAUUCAGUUAUAUUUUAUUUGACAUGUGUAUUGAGUCAUAAUGGUAUUUUACAAUAUUGCCUUUAAUAUACAACAACCCCCCCCCCCCCCUAUGGAUGAGAAUUUCUGAGGGGGUUUGAAAAAGCCAUUUCUGAGGGUUGUGUGCAUCGGCAUCCUUUGAUCUUUGAGUUUUUUUCUGAGGGGUAAGGCAAAAUUUCUUAAUUUCUGGGGGGGGAUGUGUGUUUGUGUCAGCACUUUGAUCUUUUUUCUUAGGGGUUCAAAUUUUAUUGACCUCGUUCAUAGGGGUGUUUGUACAUUAAAAGGAAUGGCCCCACUAUAUAUGUACUGUGCAUAGAAUCAACCGGGAUUUACACUGGUCAAUAGAGGUGUGCAAAUCCGAAGUCACUUUGUCAUCUUCUUUUCAUGCAUUUCUUGCUUUUAUAUUUAUUUGUUUAAACAUUUCCACUUGAUUUACAAAUUUAUUUUAUUAAUUUAAAGGGUUAUUUGGAACACAAUUCGGUUUAGACAAUUUUGGCUCAGAUUUUAAACAUUAGCCAAUUGUAAACGUCCAAACCAAUGCACACCUCUACUGGUCAUGUUCGUCCUUGCUUUUGUAAGGUUAACCAUAUCUUUUUAAUGUAUUUAAUUGCUAAUUGUUACUCAUUUAAAACUAGCAAUGCGCCCAAAUGUGCCUGCUUUACUAUUUACCCUGUCUAAUGCCAGACGAUUUUACUAAUCAGUGGCAUACGGUCAGUAAAUGGUUAAAAGUUGGGUAAUUGGAUUACAAUUGUUAAAGUUGGGUGAAUCGUGGUAUGUUGCAAUUGUUAAGCCAGUAUUGGGUUGACAUGUGAAUUUGGAUGAUGGCUUUGUUAACAUAUCAACUAAAGGUGCAAGGUUAUAUGUCACAUGCUUGUCGUUCUGUUCAUAUUUGUAGGAAGACCUUCAGGCCUGCAUAUGGAAAAUUGGACAUACUGGGAAGUAUCUUUGCAAAUGUACACUUUCUGGCUCUAACAGCUACAGAAAACAGUGAAACUAAGUCUAUGAUAAUUGAAUCAUUACAGUUAACAGAUGUUGAGUUAAUUGAAGUCAAUCCAGAUCGUGAAAACAUAUUUUAUGAUGUUAAGAACAGACCAUCUCAUGGAGAUGAUAAACUCGAUCCCAUUCUUAAACCUGUUGCAAAUAUGUUGAAAGAGCUAAAACUUCAAAUGGAAUUAACAAUUAUUUAUGGCACACUGCAAACUUGUGCAGACUGCUUUUUGUAUUUUAGUCAGGCUCUGAAAAAACAUCAAUAUUUCCCUGAAGGAUCGGAGCCUAUUUCAAAGAACCGGCUUUUUGCACAGUAUCAUGCUGAAUGCCCAGAUCAUGAAAAGGAUAGGAUUAUUGAAGAACUUACUCAAGGUGUUUGUACUGCAAGAGUUCUUUUUGUUACAAUUGCCUUCGGGAUGGGAAUAGACAUUCAUGACAUUCGUCAUGUCAUUCACAUUGGGGUACCAAAAACUAUAGAGGAAUAUUUUCAAGAAACAGGACGUGCGGGUAGAGACGGAUGCCCAUCAGUUGCCACUAUGUAUUACAACAACUUCGAUAUUCGGAGUGGUAAACAUCAAGUGGAUGAAGUUAUGCGUGAAUUUGCUACAUCUAACUCGUGCAAAAGAAGUAUUAUUUUAAACUACUUUGAUCACAGCUUAAAAAUGGAAUCAGACUUUCAUAAUUGCUGCUCAUAUUAUAGAUCAGUAUGUAAAUGUCCAACUUGCUUGGUUGUUACCAGCAAUUCUGCAGAGGAUCAGACAACACCAACACCUGCAACAGAGCAUGUUUAA